UUCCGGGACGCCUUCGAAGCUCAUUCGAAAAAGAAUUAUUUUAACUAAUUAAUCACAAUUUUAUUUGCGUUUAAUACAAACAUCGGCUGCAUUCGAUACCAAGAAUGUGGCCGGCGUGGAAAUAAUUGAAUUUCAAGGUGUUUUGUAACCUCGAUUUUGAUCUUACAAAAUGCAUCUUUAUAACCUAACAUUGCAAAGGGCUACCGGGGCCACUCAUGCGGUCCACGGUAGUUUUUCGGGAACCAAUAAAACGCAAGAAAUAAUUAUUUCGCGUGGCAAAAGUUUAGAAGUUUUGAGGCCCGACGUAAAUACGGGAAAAGUACAUACCUUGCUUACAGUGGAAAUAUUCGGCAUUGUGCGAUCUUUAAUGUCCUUCAGGUUAACCGGAGGAACUAAAGAUUACAUAGUUGUUGGUUCUGAUUCUGGUCGUAUAAUUAUUCUGGAAUACAAUGCUGCAAAAAAUACUUUGGAGCGUGUUCACCAAGAAACGUUUGGCAAAUCUGGAUGCAGGCGCAUUGUUCCAGGACAAUAUUUGGCUAUUGAUCCUAAAGGACGUGCUGUAAUGAUUGGUGCUGUUGAAAAGCAAAAGUUGGUUUAUAUUUUCAAUCAAGCUGAGGGACGUUUAACAAUAUCAUCACCCUUAGAAGCUCAUAAAUCCAAUACAUUAGUAUAUCACAUGGUUGGUGUUGACGUAGGAUUUGAAAACCCUAUGUUUGCAUGCCUUGAAAUUGAUUAUGAAGAUGCUGAUUCAGAUCCAACAGGUGAAGCUGCCAUGAAGACACAACAAACCUUGACAUUUUAUGAACUCGAUUUAGGUUUGAAUCAUGUUGUUAGGAAAUAUUCAGAGCCACUUGAAGAACAUGCAAAUUUUUUAAUUGCUGUACCCGGUGGUAAUGAUGGUCCUUCUGGUGUGUUAAUUUGUUCAGAAAAUUAUUUGACUUAUAAAAAUUUGGGAGAUCAACAUGAUAUAAGGUGUCCAAUUCCUAGAAGAAGAAAUGAUUUAGAUGAUCCUGAGCGGGGAAUGAUUUUUGUUUGUUCUGCUACACAUCGAACCAAAUCCAUGUAUUUCUUCUUAGCACAAACUGAACAAGGAGAUAUUUUCAAGGUAACCUUAGAAACAGAUGAAGAUGUUGUAACAGAAAUCAAAUUAAAGUAUUUUGAUACAGUGCCUGUAGCUGCUUCUUUAUGUGUAUUAAAAACUGGAUUUUUGUUUGUUGCUUCAGAAUUUGGAAACCACUACUUAUAUCAAAUUGCACAUCUAGGAGAUGAUGAUGAUGAACCUGAAUUUUCUUCUGCAAUGCCACUUGAGGAAGGAGAUACAUUCUUCUUUGCACCAAGACCAUUACGCAAUUUGGUUAUGGUUGAUGAAAUGGAAUCAUUAUCUCCAAUAUUAGCUUGUGAAGUAGCUGAUUUAACAAAUGAGGAUACUCCACAACUUUAUAUGCUUUGUGGUAGGGGUGCUCGUUCUACAAUGAGAGUUUUGAGGCAUGGUCUUCAUGUAACUGAGAUUGCUGUAUCAGAAUUACCUGGAAAUCCUAAUGCUGUGUGGACUGUUAAACGCAAGACUGAUGACAAAUAUGAUGCAUACAUAGUAGUGUCUUUUAUCAAUGCUACAUUGGUGCUGUCUAUUGGUGAAACAGUAGAGGAAGUAACAGAUAGUGGCUUUCUUGGUACGACGCCAACUUUAAGCUGUUGUGCCCUUGGCAAAGAUGGCUUAGUUCAGAUAUAUCCGGAAGGCAUGCGUCACAUUAGGGCAGAUAGAGGUGUAAAUGAGUGGAAACCUCCAGGGAAGAAAACCAUUGUCAAAUGUGCUGUUAAUCAACGCCAAAUUGUUCUUGCAUUGUCUGCAGGGGAAUUGGUCUACUUUGAAAUGAAUCAAUCAGGUCAACUAGAUGAGUUUGCUGGAACAUUGGAAUUAUCAGCUGAUGUUUCAUGUAUGGCCUUGGGUUCAGUUCCUCCAGGUGAGCAGCGAUCUUGGUUUUUGGCUGUUGGUCUAGCUGACAACACUGUUCGGAUUAUUUCAUUAGAUCCAUCUGACUGUUUGUCGAGCAGAUCUAUGCAUGCAUUGCCAUGUCCUGCUGAAUCUCUUUGCAUUGUUGAGAUGGGGUUAUCAGAUUCUUCUGAGAAUGAUAAGAACAUAAAUAGUUCUGGUUCUUUAUAUCUCAACAUAGGACUUCAAAAUGGUGCAUUAUCCAGGAUUGUUCUCGAUCCAGUUUCUGGAAACUUGGCAAAUGCUAGAAUUCGAUAUUUGGGUACCAGACCUGUGAAAUUAUUCAGAAUUAGAAUACAAGGAAAUGAAGCCGUACUUGCUGUUUCAAGUAGAUCUUGGCUCAGUUAUUAUUACCAAAACCGCUUCCAUUUAACACCUUUAUCUCAUGAAAGUUUAGAAUAUGCAUCAGGAUUUUCAAGUGAACAAUGUCCGGAGGGCAUUGUAGCUAUUUCUACUAAUACUUUAAGAAUUAUUGCCUUGGAAAAGCUUGGUGCAGUUUUCAACCAAAUUUCUUUUCCUUUACAAUAUACUCCUCGUAAAUUUGUCAUUCAUGAAACGGGAAGAUUAAUAAUUGCUCAAACUGAACACAAUGCCUACACUGAUGAAACUAAAAAACAAAGAAAAAUGCAAAUGGCAGAAGAAAUGAAAGAAGCUGCUGGGGCUGAAGAACAAGAAUUGGCAUCUGAAAUGGCUGAGGCUUUCUUAAAUGAUGCUUUACCUGAAAAUCUUUUUUCUGCGCCAAAAGCUGGUCAUGGGAUGUGGGCUUCACAAAUUUGUAUCAUGGAUGUAAAUGGGGACAUUAUUUUCACUCAUUGCUUUCCUCAAAAUGAAGCAGUGACUUCUAUAGCCCUGGUAAAAUUUGCUGGGCAUAAUCAACAUAGUUUAGUUGUAGGUAUUGCAAAAGAUCUACAAUUGAAUCCUCGAAUAUGCAAUUCAGGGUUUCUAGAUUUAUAUAAGAUUGAUAACGAAUGCGCUUCUUUUGAAUUAAUUCAUCGAACUGAAUUAUCUGAAGUACCUGGUGCGUUAUGUGGUUUUCAAGGAAGACUACUGGCUGGAGUAGGCAGGAUGUUACGAGUUUAUGAAAUUGGCAAAAAGAAGCUAUUGAGAAAAUGCGAAAACAAGCACAUUCCAAAUCAAGUAGUGAAUAUACAGGCUGUUGGACAGAGAAUUUUUGCUUCUGAUGUUCAAGAAUCGGUUUAUUGUAUCAGAUAUCGCAGAGCUGAAAAUCAACUCAUAAUAUUUGCUGAUGAUACCCAUCCUAGAUGGAUUACUGCUACUACCCUACUUGAUUAUGAUACAGUGGCCACUGGUGACAAAUUUGGCAAUAUUGCUAUAUUGAGAUUGCCACAAAAUGUUAGUGAUGAUGUUGAUGAAGAUCCAACUGGGCACAAAGCUUUAUGGGAUCGUGGUUUACUAAAUGGAGCUUCUCAGAAAGCUGACACUGUAGCAACAUUCCAUGUGGGCGAAACUGUCAGUUCUUUACAAAAAUGCACAUUGAUUCCUGGAGGUGGUGAAAGUUUACUUUACACAACAAUCAGUGGAUCUGUGGGAGUUCUGGUACCAUUUAGUUCACGUGAAGAUCAUGAUUUCUUUCAACAUCUUGAAAUGCAUAUGAGAAGUGAAAAUCCACCACUUUGUGGAAGAGAUCAUUUAAGUUUUAGAAGUUACUACUUCCCUGUCAAGAAUGUUCUGGAUGGUGAUUUGUGUGAGCAAUUCAAUUCCUUGGAGCCAGCGAAGCAAAAAAGUAUUGCUGGGGAUUUGGAGCGGAAUCCUAGUGAAGUUUCUAAGAAAUUGGAAGACAUAAGAACGCACUAUGCUUUCUAAUCUUAUUGUCGACUUUUGUACUACCUUACUGUGUUAACAAAUGUAAUUUUUGUCUACAUUUUGAAACUAUUGUAUAUAUUAAAUUUUAAU